AUGGCGCAGGCCUACAACCGUCUCUCUCCCGAAUUCCGUCAGCGACUGCAUGGUCUGAAAGCCGUCCACUCCGGCGUGGAGCAGCCUCAACAACGGCGAGCAUCCAGUGGUCCGAACCCAUCCGGUAAAUUAUGUACCCCCCGUAUCCAUAAUCAAGGCCUUUCAUAUAUGAAUAUAUAUAAACGGGCCUGGAAAUUAACAUUGUCCGUCUACUACCAGGUCACCAGAGAAAAAAAGACACUCUUCGUGAAUCCACAAUUCACCCGGUACAUCGUCGGAUACAAAAAGGAAGAGUCCGACUACCUGCUGAAGUUCCUAUACGACCACAUUGCUCUGUCCCAGGAUCUCCAGGCCCGUGUAAGAUGGCUUCCUGGCACCGUUGUCGUCUGGGAUAAUCGUGUGGCUGCACAGAGUGCUCUCGUUGACUGGGCUGAUGGCCAACGACGCCCAUCUGGCCAGAAUCACGCCCCAGGCUGA